ACACAUUUAACACUCACUGCCUGUCGUUUCUGUGGUAUCCAAUUAAUAGUUUAAAACCACAAUAGUUUAAAAGCAAUUAUCAUCAUGGAAGCUCUACAGGGGUCAAUGUCCGACAUGAUGAAAAGUUUUCAUGACCGCAUGUCCAAGUUCGAGGUGGAGUUGAAGCAAUCCCCAAAUUCAGCCGCCACUUUGGCGGCAGACUUCGCAGCAUUCAGGAUGAUGGUAACAGAAGUCCUCAGUUGCCUCCAAGGACAAGUGUAGACACUCGCUCGAGACGUUGACUCGUUGGAGAUGAGGGGUCGCCGAAAAAUACUCCUCCUGCAUGGUGUUCCUGAACACUCUAAAGAGGAUACUGCCCAGGUGGUCGCUGGCGUGAUGCUGGAGCACGUAAAAAUUGCAGACUUCUCUGUUGCUGCCGUACGGAGGUUCCAUAGGAUGGGCCGCAAUAGCAACGGAAGCAAACCACGACCAAUACUCCUCAAGUUAAGGGACGUGGAAGUUAGAGAUAGGAUUUGGUUCGAGAAGACGAAGUUGAAGGGCUCCGGCAUCACUUUGUCAGAAUUUCUGACGAAGACGCGGCACGACGCUUUCAUGAUGGCACGUGAGAAGUUCGGCAUCUCCAACUGCUGGACACAGUAAGGCGAGGUGUUUGUACUGGG